AUGCUUGCUGGUCCUGUAUUCUCUAUUAAGACCUUGUACAAGGUGGUUCAAGGUGACCAUCCUAUAGUGGGAUGGAGGAGGAUUAUAUGUAAUGUUCCAGGUACCCCCAAGGCUAUCUUUAUUACAUGGCUUGCCCUUCAUGGAAGAUUACCUACUAAAGAUAGACUGAAUGCUUGGGGUUUGAUUGAAGAUGCUACUUGUAAGCUCUGUCAGGCUGAUAGAGAGACUGUGCCUCAUCUAUUUUUUAGCUGUACUGUGGCUAGGAGAGUUUGGACUAUCUGCCAACAACAGCUUGGGUUUCCUACUGUAAACAGAAGCUUUCAAGAAGAAGUGCAGUGUGUUGUUCAGUGCAGCAGGAGCAGGUCACCUCAGGCUCAAUUAUAUUGCAUUUUCUUUGUAGAAGCAAUCUACCAAAUCUGGUUAAAUAGGAAUGCACUUGUAUUUCAAGGCUCUGCUAUGGAUGUAUUAGCUAGUAGUAGGCAAAUUCUGUUUAGAACUGCUUGUAGGAGUUCUGAGGCUAUGAGGCCUUUACUUAUUACUUAA